AUGCCGCCCAUAUUCAUGCACAAGCUCCUUCCUCUGACGACAUACCGAAGCUGGGAAUUCACCCAAGACACCUCCCUCUCCACCCUCACCGAUACCGCACGUGAACUCACCUUCGCCUCCCGCACGCUCCUAUCGCGCCUCCGCGCCCUCGUCGAAGCCUGGCACUCCUUCUACUCCACCUGCGAGGCACUACACUCUCCCCAACUCUCUCACAUGCUCGUCGAGCCGGUCGUGCGCGAACAGCUCCUCUCCGCCUGCUUACGCUGCUACCGCACGCGCCUCACCGCGCUCCGCGCCAUCUCCCGCUUCCUCGUCGCCGCCUCCGCCUACUCCCUCUCCCGCCCCGACGCAAAGCACCCCGACAGCCAUCCGAGCUCGAACCACCCCCACCCUGCUCGCCGAAAGAAGCGGGCCACCGAGGCGGUGCGCAGCGCGACGCUCUUACGGGAGUGGUUGCACGAGCGAGAGUGCGCAGAGCCGCUCGCGGUCGUGCGGCAGUGCACGGAGAUGAGCGCGGAGGACGUGUUCCGUGCGGGGGACGCGCGCGAGCUGCUCGCGUCGCUGAAGCAAAUCGAAGGCGCCGCGUGCUGA